AUGCUGUCCCCUCCCCCCUACGACCUGGAGCUGCCGCGGUUCAGCGACCCCCGCUGGGAGGGGGAGGGGGGCGCGGGGGGGCCCGAGGAGGAGGAGGAGGAGGAGGAGGAGGAGGAUGAAGGCUCCGCCCGGCGCUUCGAGCGCUCCCGCAUCAAAGCCUUGGCAGACGAGCGCGAGGCCGUGCAGAAGAAAACCUUCACCAAGUGGGUGAACUCGCACCUGGCGGGGGGGUCGCACCUGGGGGACCUUUACAGCGACCUGCGGGACGGGCGGCUCCUGCUGCGGCUGCUCGAGGGGCUCUCGGGGGAGACCCUGCCGCGCCCCACGCGGGGCCGGAUGCGGAUCCACUGCCUGGAGAACGUGGAGAAGGCGCUGCGCUUCCUGCGCGAGCAGCGCGUGCACCUGGAGAACGUGGGCUCGCACGACAUCGUGGACGGCAACCCCCGGCUGACCCUCGGCCUGGUCUGGACCAUCAUCCUGCGCUUCCAGAUCCAGGACAUCAGCGUGGAGACCGGGGACACGCGGGAGCGCAAAUCGGCCAAGGACGCGCUGCUGGCCUGGUGCCAGAUGAAAACCGCGGGGUACCCCAAUGUGAACGUGCAGAACUUCACCACGAGCUGGAGGGACGGGCUGGCCUUCUGUGCCCUCAUCCACCGGCACCGGCCGGAGCUGCUGGACGUGGGGUCCCUGCGCGGAGCCAACGCCCUCCACAACCUGCAGAGCGCCUUCGCCGUGGCCGAGCGCGAGCUGGGGGUCACCCGGCUGCUGGACCCCGAGGAUGUGGCCGUGGAGCAGCCGGACGAGCGGUCAGUGCUGACCUACGUGGCCGCGCUCUACCAUCACUUCUCCAGGAUGAAGGCGCUGGCCGUGGAGGGAAAACGCGUCGGGAAGGUGCUGGAGGCGGCGCGCGAGGCCGAGGGCCUGGCCGGGCGCUACGAGGCGCAGGCGGCCGAGCUGCUGGGCUGGAUCCAGCGCUCGCUGCUGCUGCUGACCGACCGGCGCCUGCCCCGCGGCAUCCCCGGCCUGCAGGGGCAGCUCCAGGCCUUCAGCGCCUACCGCACCACCGAGAAACCCCCCCGGUUCGAGGACAAGGGCUCCCUGGAGGUGCUGCUGUUCUCGCUCCGGAGCCGCCUCCGCGCCAACAACCAGCGGCAGUUCGUGCCCCGGGAGGGGACACACAGCGCCGACAUCAACAGGGCCUGGGAGCGGCUGGAGAAGGCGGAGCACGGCCGGGAGCUGGCGCUGCGCUCGGAGCUGCUCCGGCAGCAGCACCUGGAGCAGCUGGCAGCCAGGUUCCACCGCAAGGCCGCCCUCAGGGAGACCUGGCUGGGGGACAACCAGCGCCUGGUGGCACAGGACAAUUUCGGGGGGUCCCUGGGGGGCGUCGAGGCCGCGCUGCGCAAGCACGAGGCCAUCGAGAGCGACAUCGCCGCCUACGGCAGCCGCGUGCGCGCCGUCACCGCCGUGGCCGCCGAGCUGGAGGCCGAGCGCUAUCACGACAUGGGCGGCAUCGCGACACGGCGCGACCACGUGGUGUCGCUUUGGGAGGCGCUGCGCGCUCAGGUGGCGGCGCGGCGGGAGCGGCUCCGGGCGCACCUGGAGCUGCAGCGGCUCCUGCGCGACCUGGAGCACCUGAUGGGCUGGAUGGAGGAGAUGGAGGUGCGGCUGCAGUCGCGGGAUUUCGGGCAGCACCUGAGCCAGGUGGACGAUCUGCUGCAGAUCCACGCCCUGGUCGAGGGGGACGUGGCGGCCCAGGCCGAGCGGGUCCGGAGUGUGGGGGCGGCGGCCGAGCGCUUUCUCGGGGAGGGGGGCGGGUACCGCCCGUGCCCCCCGGAGCAGCUGCGGGCCCGCGUGGCGGCUCUGGAGCUGCGCUACCGGGGGCUCUCGGCGCUGUCGGCGCAGCGGCGGCUGCGGCUGGAGCGCUCCCGGCGCCUCUGGAAGUUCCUGUGGGACGCGGGCGAGGAGGAGGCCUGGAUGCGGGAGCAGGAGCGGCUCCUGCGCUGCCCGGAGCUGGGCCGGGACCUGCCGGGGGCCCUGCGGAUGCUGAGCCAGCUCGAAGCCAUCCGAGGGGCGCUGGGGGGACGCGCGGGGCCGCUGCAGCAGCUGCUGGAGCGGGGCCGGGAGCUGCUGGCGCAGGGAGCCCCCGACGGAGCCGCGGCAUCUGUGGAAGCCACCCCUGGAUCAGCGGGAUCCGCUGCCGGAUCAAUGGGAAGCGCAAAACCCGCGGAAUCCGCUGCUGGAUCCACCUCCAGACCCACGGGACCCCCCGAAAACAAGAACGCCUCCCUGGAAUCCCCCCCUGCAUCCACGGAGCGACUCCCGGCACCCGCCGCCAGACCCUCGGAACACCCCGACGGCUCCACGGACCCCACCGGGGGACCCACAGACCCCCCUGGAGGACCCCCGGGCCCCGCUCCCGGCUGCCCGGACCCCGCGGCCGCCGUGUCCCGCCGGAUCCGGGAGCUGGAGUCGCUCUGGGCGGCGCUGCCGGCGCUGGCCGGGGCUCGGGAGCGGCGGCUCCGCGCGGCCGCGGGGCGAUUCCAGCUGGACGCGGAGGCGGCCGAGGCCGAGGCGUGGCUGGCGGCCGCCGCCCGGCGAGUGGCGGGGCCGGAGCUCGGCCACGACGAGCGCUCCGCGGGGAUGCUGGAGCGGCGGCUGCGGGAGCUGCAGGACGAGAUGCGGCGGCGCGGGCCGGCGCUGGCGGCGCUGCGGGAGCAGGCGCUGCCCGGCGAUGCCGCCGACCUUCCCGACGUGGUGCCGGGGCUGGCGGAGCGGCUGGCGGAGCUGGAGCGGCGGCACCGGGAGCUGGAGGAGCGGGCGGAGCUGCGGCGCCUGGAGCUGCGGGACGCGCUGGGGAUGUUCGCGGCGCGCAGCGAGGCCGAUGCCUGCGCGCUCUGGGUGGGCGAGAGGGAGCAGUGGCUGCUCUCCAUGGAGAUUCCCGAGCGGAUCGAGGACCUGGAGGUGGUGCAGCAGCGGUUCGAGACGCUGGAGCCGGAGCUGGCGGCGCUGGCGGCGCGCGUGGCCUCCGUGGGCCGCGUCACGGAGGAGCUGCAGGGAUCCGGGGACAGGAACCGGGAGAGCGCCCGGGAGACCUGGGAGCAGCUCCGGGACAGGUGGGAGCGGUUCCGGGCGCUGGCCGAGCGCAAGAAGGUGGCGCUGACCGCGGCGCUGAACAUCCACAAUUUCCGCCUGGAAUGCCACGAGACGCGGGGCUGGAUGCGGGAGAAGACGGCGGCGAUCGAGGCCACGCGGGCGCUGGGCCGGGACCUGGCCGGGAUCACGGCGCUGCAGGGGAAGCUGUCGGGGAUGGGGCGCGACCUGGACGCCAUCCAGGGAAAGCUGCGGGAGCUGCGGGCCGAGGGCGAGAAGCUGCAUGGGGAGCAGCCGGAGCGAGCGCCCGAGAUCCGCGAGGAGCUGGCGGGGCUCGAGGCCGAGUGGGACGCGCUGCGCCGGUGCCACCGGAGCCGCGAGGAGUCCCUGGGGCAGGCGCGGCGGCUCCAGGGCUUCCUGCGGGACCUGGCGGCGCUCCAGGCCUGGCUGUCCCGCACCCGCGCGGCCGCGGGCUCCGAGGAUGUCCCCGCGUCCCUGGCCGAGGCCGAGGGCUCCCUGCGGCAGCACGAGAGCCUCCGCACCGAGAUCUCGCACUACGGCGCCGAUUACCGGAGCGCCCGCGCCGCCGGCCGGGAGGUGACGCGGGGACAGACGGACGCGCAGAGCCUGUCCCUGCUGCAGCGCCUGGAAGCGCUGGAUGCCGACUGGGAAGAGCUGGGCCGGGUGUGGGAGAAGCGGCAGCGGCUCCUGGCGCAGGCUGUCGCCUUCCACGUGUUCCUGCGGGACGCCAAGCAGGUGGAGGGGACGCUGGGGAAGCAGGAGCACGCGCUGGCCCACACGGAGAUGCCGGGCACGGUGCCGGGGGCGGAGGCGGCCGUGCGGAGGCUGGAGGAGUUCCUGGCCGCGCUGGACACCGGCACCGAGCGCGUCCGGGCGCUCACGGACACCGGGAGGAAGCUGCUGGACGAGGGCGGCGUCCACGCGGAAAAGGUGCGGGAGACGGUGGAGUCGGUGGAGAGCAGGCACCAGAAGAUUCGGGAAUCGGCCCAGGAGCUGCUGGGGCGGCUGCGGGAUAACUGGGAGCUGCAGAAGUUCCUGCAGGAUGGGCAGGAGCUGACGCUGUGGCUGAACGAGAAGCUGCCGGUGGCUCGGGACGUGUCCUACGAGGGCACGCGGGACCUGCAGGGCAAGUGGCAGAAGCACCAGGCCUUCGCCGCCGAGCUCGCGGCCAACCGGGGCUGGCUGGAGGCGCUGGAGAAGGACGGCGAGCAGCUGGCGCGGGCGCGGCCGGCGCUGGCCGGACAGGUGAGCGCCCCUCGGCAGGAGCUGCGGGCGCUGUGGGCGCAGGUGGAGGCGGCGGCGGCCGCCAAGGGCCGCGGUUUGGCCGAGGCCGCGCGCGCCGAGAGCUGCGCCCAGGCCUGCGCCGGCCUGCGCUCGUGGCUGGCCGGGGUCCGCGCCCAGCUCCGCUCCGGCCACUGCGGCCAGGACCUGACCAGCGUCGGGGUCCUGCUGACCCGGCACCAGCUGCUGGAGACGCAGGCGGCGCUGCGGGAGCAGGAGGUGGGGGCGCUGCGGGCGCAGGCCGGGGGGCUCAGCCCGGGGCACCCCCGGAGCGCGGGGGUGCGGGAGCAGCUGCGGGAGCUGGAGCAGCAGUUCCGGGAGCUGCGGGAGCCGCUGCGGGAGCGCGGGCGGAGCCUGGCGGCCGCCAGGGAGCUGCACCAGUUCCGAAGGGACCUGGAGGACGAGCUCCUCUGGGUGCAGGAGCGCCAGGCCCUGGCCAUGUCCACGGACCACGGCAAGGACCUGCCCUCGGUGCAGCUGCUGCUCCAGAAGAACGAGACGCUGCAAAAGGAGCUGCAGGGCCGCGAGCGCCGCGUGAUGGAGCUGCUGGAGCGGGGGGUCCCCGACUCGGGGGUCCCCGGGGGGGUCCCCGGGGGGGUCCCGGCUCUGCGGGAGGCCUGGAGGGAGCUGAGGGAGCAGGCAGGGCGGAGGCAGAAGCGUCUGGAAGCCGCCCUGGCCGCCCAGCGCUUCCUGCGCGACGCCGCGGCCGCCGAGGCCUGGCUGGGCGAGAGGGAGCUGCACAUGCUGGCCCAGGACAAGGCCAAGGACGAGCCGGGCGCCCAGGCCAUGCUGAGCCGGCACCUGGGGCUGGAGCAGGAGCUGCGCGACUACGGCGGCACCGUGGAGCUGCUGGCCGAGCAGGGCCGGGCCAUGGCGGCCAGCGGCCACCCCGACGGCGAGCGGCUCCGUGCCCGCGCCGCGCAGCUGCAGCGUCUCUACGCGGGGCUGUGUCACCUGGCUGGGGACCGCAGGGCCACCCUGCAGGGCCACCACCGGCUGUGCCAGCUGCGCCGUGACCUCGAUGACCUGGAGCAGUGGAUCUCGGAGCGAGAGGUGGUGGCGGCGUCCCGGGAGCUGGGCCAGGACUUCGAGCACGUCACGCUGCUCCGCGACAAGUUCCGCGAGUUCUCCCGGGACACGGGCGGGCUGGGCCAGGAGCGGGUGGACGCGGCCAACGCGGCGGCGGCGGCGCUGAUCGCCGGGGGCCACCCCGAGCGCGCGGCCGUGGCCCAGUGGCAAGCGGGGCUCAACGAGGCCUGGGCCGAGCUGCUGGAGCUGGUGGCCACGCGGGCGCAGGAGCUGGCGGCCGCGCACGACCUGCAGCGCUUCCGCCGCGACGCCCGGCAGGUGCUGGAGCAGCUCCGCGCCAAGGCCCGGCAGGUGCCCGAGGAGCUGGGCCGGGACCUGCGCGGGGCCGAGGGGCUGGAGAGGCAGCACCGCGCCUUCGAGCACGACGUGCAGGCCCUGAGCGCGCAGGUGAGGGCACGGGGACAGGGACAGGUGAGGGGACGGCCCUGAG